AUGUGGAAUGCAGGUCCCUCAAACCACGUUCCUGAAAAUGAUGAUAGUGACGACUCAGAUGACGAUUAUGAGAUUGCGGCAGUAGCAGUAGUUUUGUGGUAUUACUACACAUACAUGGAAAGACCCCUGCCUCAACCAAAGCAUACAUCCGCACUCACAGGUAUAAUGCGUGUUCAAUACCUACUUGAUGGACAUGAGGACGUUAUUAGGUCGAAGAUUAGAAUGGGAAGUGAUUGUUUCAAGCGUCUUAGUACGUUACUUGAGCUUAAAGGGCUUUUAAGACCGACUAGGAAUAUGAAUGUGCACGAGCAACUUUUUAUUUUUCUAUACAUUGUAUGUCAAAGUUCAAACAACAGGGAGUCACAAGAUCAAUGGCAGCAUUCGGGUGCUACCAUUUCAAAGUACUUCCACGCUGUUUUGAAGGCGUUGUAUGAGCUCCGUUUUAACUUCCUUACACCACCAAACUUCGACAUUAUCGAUCCUGUCGUAGCCGCGCGUGGAAACAAGUAUCUGCCAUGGUUCCAGAAUUGUGUUGGCGCUCUGGAUGGUACUCACGUACCAUGUGUUCCACCCGCUGCAAAUGCUGAGGUAUGGAGAAAUCGGAAGGGGUUCUUCUCUCAAAAUGUAUUAGGAGUCUGUUCGUUCGACAUGAGGUUCACAUACAUGUUAGCUGGAUGGGAGGGCUCUGCUCAUGAUGCACGUGUGCUUGCAUCCGCAACAGAAACGAGGGAAAAAAAUUUCCCUACUCCACCAGAAGGUAAAUAUUACCUCGUCGACUCUGGGUACGCAAACAAUGAUUGUUUCUUGGCACCGUACCGAGGGAGCACUUACCACCUUCAAGAGUAUCGGGCAAGGAGGGGUCGGCCCCAAACUCAGCGUGAGCUAUUCAAUUACACUCAUUCUUCCCUCAGAAACUGUAUCGAGCGCACAUUCGGCGUCUGGAAAGCCAGGUUUCGUAUUCUUAAGUGCAUUAAUAACUACCCGAUACAGACACAAAUAGAUAUUCCACUUGUUUGUGCUAUUCUACACAACUUCAUACAUAUGUACAACCACAACGAUGAUCUACUAACCCAAUACAUGAGAGACGCCAUUCCGGUAGCAGAAAUUGAUCCACUCAACACAGAGCAAGAUGUGAAUCAAAAUCACAAUCCUGAUCGGGGAAGCCAACAACAUCAAAACCGUCCACACCGACGACAAAUGCACAUUUUAAGGGAUGAAAUAGCUAAUAGUAUGUGGGCUGCAUAUGAGAACAACCGGCGUUGA